UGCAAGAGCGCGGCCGGGCUUGCAGAAGGAACCGAGAUGGCGACGGGGGCGCUGCUGAGGAGAGCGGCCUCCGCUUGGGCCCUUCGGUCGGGUCUGCGGCAGCUCCAGUCCCAGAGAGGAUGCGCCGGAGUCGCCGUCGACGACACAGUGAACGGGCUGAGCGAGGAGCAGCAGCAGCUUAGGCGAACCAUGGUGAAAUUCUGUCAAGAGCAUUUGGCUCCAAAGGCUCAAGAAAUUGAUCAGAAGAAUGAAUUCAAAGAGAUGAAGGAGUUUUGGAAGAAGCUGGGAGAAUUAGGAGUUCUGGGAAUAACUGCUCCAGCUGAAUAUGGUGGAUCUGCAAUGGGAUAUCUGGACCAUAUACUGGUGAUGGAAGAAAUUUCUCGUGUUUCAGCAGCUGUUGGAUUAAGUUAUGGUGCCCACUCUAAUCUCUGUGUUAAUCAGUUAGUGAGGAAUGGAAAUGAAGCACAGAAAGAGAAAUACCUGCCUAAGCUAAUCAGUGGAGAGCAUAUUGGAGCACUCGCAAUGAGUGAAGCCAACGCUGGUUCUGAUGUUGUCUCUAUGAGGCUGAAGGCAGACAGAAAAGGGGAUUAUUAUGUUUUGAAUGGGAACAAGUUUUGGAUUACCAAUGGGCCAGAUGCUGAUGUGCUGAUUGUUUAUGCUAAAACCGAUCCAAGUGCUGUUCCUGCUUCUCAGGGUAUAACAGCGUUCAUUGUGGAAAAGGGUAUGCCUGGUUUCAGCACUGCACAAAAGCUUGAUAAACUGGGGAUGAGAGGGUCAAAUACCUGUGAAUUAAUCUUUGAGGACUGCAAGAUUCCUGCUAAGAAUGUUUUGGGACAAUUGAGUAAAGGUGUCUAUGUGUUGAUGAGUGGCUUGGAUCUGGAGAGACUCAUAUUGUCUGCUGGACCCUUAGGGAUCAUGCAGGCUGUAUUAGACAAUGCUGUUCCAUAUAUGCAUGUGAGAGAAGCUUUUGGGCAGAAAAUUGGCCAAUUCCAGCUCAUGCAGGGUAAAAUGGCUGACAUGUACACUCGGCUGAUGUCAUGUAGACAGUAUGUAUACAACGUAGCAAGAGCCUGUGAUCGAGGACACUUCAAUGCAAAGGAUUGCGCUGGAGUGAUUCUCUACGCUGCUGAAUGUGCUACUCAAGUUGCUUUGGAUGGAAUCCAAUGUCUAGGUGGAAAUGGCUAUAUCAAUGACUACCCUAUGGGUCGCUUUUUGCGUGAUGCCAAACUGUAUGAAAUCGGGGCAGGAACCAGUGAAGUACGGAGAAUAGUUAUUGGCCGCGCAUUUAAUGCUGCCUUUAAAUAAUAUUCACUAUUGAAGAAGAAUUGCAUUUUAAUGCCGGAGGCCUUCAGUUUCCAAGACUAAAACGCACAAGUAUUUUUCUGCACUACAUAUCAAAAUGACAACCCCUCUAUUUUGUUCUUGUGCUUUCUUCUCUGAAUGUUUCUAGAUCUUUCAUAAGAACAUAUGAUUGUGGAAUAGGGCAAACCAUCCAGAUGGAAUAAAAUUGAGUUGAAUCUUCUGAAAACAAAACAAAAAACACCCCAGCCUGUUUUGAGAAGCAUCAUGGAUUCCCAUCUCCAAUAUGCUGCUUUUGGUACAUGGGAUUAGCAGCAUUCCAAAAUACUAGCUGAUUUCACAGACCUCUUUUUUUGUUAUUGGAUAUGUUGGGUUCUUAACUACACAAGGAAUGUUAAAGCUGCUAAAAGAUUCUUAGAAAGUGAGGUAUCGUAUUUCUGUGUGUUCCUGUUUUCUCCUGCCGCUUUCUGAGGUGUAUUAGUGCCAUGUGAAACUUUCAUUCAUUUGAUGGACUGCCAUCUUGCACUUGAUUCAUGUUUUGAUGUCACCAUCUAUCAUUCUGCAAACAGUUAAAAUGUCAAAAGCCACUCUCUGCCAGCCAAGAGUCAAUUGGGAAGGAGGAAGUAGCAACUAGAUUGGGAAUAUAGGAUCUUUUUAUAAAACUUUCCACCGCUGAAUAUUGAGACAAAUCCACCUUGCUUUUGCUGGCAAGAAGGAAGGAGAGCACAUUAUGUGAGGAGGAGUGAGAAAUCUAACAGCACUUCAGACUUACUGAUAGCAUCACAUGAAGAUUGGAGAUGUGAAUUUAUUUGUGUAUAGUAAGCAGCACUAUACAAUUUUGCAUAUGCAAAAUUCUUAAAUUCAUUAGAGUAUAAAUUGUCGUCAGUGGCUUGGUGCUUACUCUUAGUAUCCAGUACCAAAGACUGAAACAAACAGAGGUUGCCUUGAGUUUUUAGGCUGGGGUGAGCAACUGCCAAUGGGAUUGAGGGGGGGAGGGGAGUCACACACCACCCUACUAGCUGUUCCAUUUCUUCCUAUGUGACUGAAAGUGGUAUCAGUUCUGGUGCCAGAAUUUGGGUAAAAUAUGUCUGAUUUUUUUAGCUUUUGUCAGAGCUGUGUGUGGUACAGGGAUCCCAAAUGUCAUAUUUUGUUGUGGGUUUUUUUAUCAUGAAGAUUUGAUUGAAUGUUUAUUUUCAUUUGGGGGAGUGGUCUCCUAGAGGAUAGAAAACAGACUUUUGGUGUUUCCAUGUAGCCUGUGGACUGCACUUUUCCUACUGCUGAUCUAGGCUACUCCCAUUCUGCCACUUUUUAAGGGAUAGAAAAGGUAGAAGUUUUCAGAGAAAACAGUAAUUAGAAGGGAUCACCAUAGUCUUAAGGCUAAAGCAGUGUGUUGGAACAUUCUGUCAUAAUUGUUAUAUUCAGGUUACCUGAAGUUGUAAUUUUCUUUUUGGAAUAUAAUAAAUUAUAUAACCAGAAGAGCUGUACAAAUCAGAUCAAAAUCCUGCACCAAAUGAAGGCUUUCAGUUAGAUCUGUUCACAUCAUUGGGGUUCAUUAUGCUUCAUCUAGCAGAUUGAUGUCACUUACUGAAUGAUUUUAAAAUGGGCAAUGCAAGUUUUAGAGUGUCAGAAGCAGAGAAAGGCAUCAGAUGCUGUGUUCUAUGCCAGCACUGCCCGUGCAAAAUAGUUUUAGCAAAUAGUAUCAGUAUUCCAUGGUAAGACAGCCUGUCUAAUGGGGAAAAUUCUUUAUUUUUCUAGAUUCCAUGCAGCCUCUACUCUCCCAUAGCAAUCUAGAAUUUGCUUUCAUGUUUUUACUACCUUCAUAUACUCCAAAUUUGUCAUAUAGUCACAUCUGUCAAUAGAAGUGGUGAGAUCCUGGCAUCAUAUAGGAGACAACAGACUUCUGUCUCAUUUUUGUAAAGUAUUAGUCUGAGUAAAGCUCUCCUUGGGGGAGAAGUCACUAGUGACAAAACCAUUACUCAGAGAUACAGAAAUGAGCAGAUAUUUUUAACAUGCAAGAAAUGUCAUCUUUUAAAUAGAUUUCAUACCCCCACACAUGCACGUUUGAGUUAAGUGUGAAAAUGGCAGUUUUCCUUAAAAAUCAUGAAAUUCAGUAGAAUGCCUCAUGGCUUUUAUAAUCUACCUUAAGGUGGAGCACCAGUGAACUAGAUCGUGCUAGCGAUUGUAACAUACAACUCGAAAUGGAGCAUUCUGGGCCACCUGUGGCUUGUCAUCUGAGACUGAAACACUUGUUCUUAACUGAAAAAUUGGGUAAGGAAUGUAUAAUUGUAAAGAAGAUUGUCAAUCAAACUCAUUGUGAUGAAUAUUUAAAAUGAUUUAUUCAAUAAGUUAUUAGUCUUUUAAGAGUCUAUUGUGCUAGCAAAACAUGGAAAAGUUGCUGGGUAACAUGAUUUUAUUGCUAUACAAAUAAAAUACCUAUUCUUUACUAUCGCA